UGGUAGGCCAGCCCAGCCCAGCCCACUAUCGCGUGACCGAGAUCACGUUUGCUGGCAGGAGCUCUCUUUGCUCGAAGGCAUUUGAUCAUUCCUUCUCCAAACACUGCUCUCGGUCGAUCUCUGAGUUCAAGCCUUCAAGUACCUCUCCAUGGAGAGGAGGCUUCUCAAAUGGAAAUGACCUGGGAGCAGGUAUGAGAGAUAUACCGGGAUCCAUCCUUCUGACAGGAGCCUCCUAUUUCAUGGCAUUUAGUUGCGGGUGGGCCACAGUGGGGUUGCAUCAUUCUUGAUUGUAGGAAGUUAUUUCUUGGCUGUUGAUCAGCUUGUUAGAUGUUGGCCGAGUUGUUAAUUUUUUAGCACAGAACAGUGUACUAGCCCAUCAGCUUGGUACUGGAUGCUUGAGGAAUUGUCCAGUCCAUUUCUACAUGGGAAGAUAACUUCCAGUCUGCUAUAUACAACAGUAGAAUUCUUAAUGAGGUGGUUAAGUAGUAGGCAAGGAGGUGCUUUAUGGAUGAGAAAGUGAUUUGGGAAAUUAAGGAUCCUGUUGGGAACUAAGUUCUGAGUACAAUUAGUUUCAUUAUGGUACUUUGUAGGUGUUGUUAGUGCAUAUUUUGCUGAUAUCAUGAUCAUGCUCUCUUCUUAUUAUUUGAUCAAUGUAGGGGCUUUGAUGGUAUUUACUUAUUUAUUUUUGGACUGUUAAACCUCGUACACUGAUAACAACAUGCUAAUGAAUAUAUCCUGGCCACUAUUAUUCUUUCGUUUUCCAUCCUUUCUUUUAGUGUCUUAUUUACAUAAGAAUAAACAGACAUCACUAAAUGAUAGGUAUCUACUGCCCCUGAAGUGCAUCAAGUAACAGGUUCUGCAACUUCAUCACAACUUAAGAACUUCACAUGAUGUCAGCAUCUGCAAGAGACUCGUACACGAAUAUCAUCAAUGGUAGCAGGACUGCCUGUAAUUGCCACAGAUAUUUUGUUUCCAGCACUAGGUGCCAUAUAUGGUGUUGCCUGUGAUUCAGUGACAUCCUUAUUCCAAGCCAUGCUUGACCAUCUUGAGUCAUGCAUCUUGCAAAUCCAUGAGCAGAAUUCUGGUGUGCUUGGCGUGGAUGCUGCUAUGGACAAUGAUGCAUCUCCUUACAUAAAGAGUUGCAAAAGUGCAUUGUUCUCCUCCUUAGUGAAUUCUGGUCUAGGCUGUUGCCUUCUAAAACAAAUACUAUUUCUGCAGGGAUGGAAACCAUAUGCACUUGGCUUGUUAGGACAAUGGCCUCACAGGUUCUGAUAUUCUCUAUCAGGCAUGCCUCUCUUGUAAGACCUCUUUUAGAAUCAGGAAAGCUGAGGAUGGCUAGGGAGCAUUUUGGUGCGCCAUAUCAGGCCCUGUGGGCAUUUUGGCCUGUCAUUUUCUUGGAAACAUCUCAACUGGGGGCAUCUCCUCUUCUUCAGGAUCUGCCUCCAAGAGCAUACUUCACCUUCUUUAGUCCCAAGGGCCAGAUGAGUUGCAGUUGCCCUUGCAAAGGAACAAACUUACAUCACUACAGUAUUCAUUGUGGUUGGAUUCUCAAGGGGAGGAUCAAAUCUGGAGAGGUAUCAAGGCUACUCUGGUUGAUAUGCUGCAAAGAUUAAAACAAGAUGAGAUGAGGAUCUCAGCCCUGUGUAUCCUUUUAUGCUUUGGUUGGGAUUAUCUUUGACAGAAAAUGCUCCUCUGUCCCAAAAGCCUUGAUAUUCAGGGAAGCUCUUGCAAACUAGUGAUAUUCAAACCAGAGUCGGCUUCACCCUCACUUCUGCUUAUAGGAAGUUAUUGCAUGUGGGAUAAUUGAAAUUGUGUUGUAAUAGAACAUGUUAGUUCUACUGCCAACUUAAGGUACAUUCUUCACAAGAUUCUUCAAUUUUUUUCUUUUGUUUGAUUUAUUUAGUGUCUCUUUUAUGGGUGCAUUAAAUCUUUUAUUAUUUUGUUUGGAAUGUUAGGUCCAUACUUCAAAUACUCGUAAUAGUGGAUACAAUGGGGGUCAAUGCUGAUAAACUCUGCUGGAUUGUGGAAGCUGGUUCACUUGUAUUUCCUUAUCUUACAAUUCAUUAUGAUUUUUGUUUUGUUUCUGUUGUUUCUUCUGCUUUUGCACCAUCUUAACUACAGUGAUAAUGACUGAAUUUACUUUUUGUGCAUAAAAGGGAUUUACACUUGACAUCCAACACCUUAUUCCAUGUACUUUUGCUUGUAAGCUCUAAAUAAAUGGUAUAAGUUCUGGAACAGUACUCUGAGUUUGCUGAAGAUCAUUGUGGAAUGUCUAAACCUUUAACCGGUAGAGAUUUAGCAAAUAUCCCUGCAUGUUUAUUGAAAAUAAAGGCCGGCAAUACUUCGAUCUCCUCUCUGGAUGGGUCUUGAAUUAUUGGAAUGAGGUUUGCUGAGUUUAGUGUCUUUUUACCAUUGGUUUCUUGAGCCUUCAUAAAGUAGAUUUAAAUAUUAAAAACAUAAGAAUUUGAUGGGGUGAUAAAGGAGGCGAUAAAUUAAAAUAUUUUGCUUUGACUUGCCUGCCAAGAAUAUAUAUAAUGGAUGUCAGCAUCGACAGCCAGGGCCAAAACUAUAGGAUUCAAUCAGGUGAUGGAAGCAAGUAUGGAGGUUUGUGCAGCCAUUCACACGGGCUAUGAUGUUGAUGUCUUUACUUCCUAUUGAAGGCACAAAAUUUAGAGAUACAAUUAUUGUUAACUCCCCUGUGUCUGUUCCUAUUUGAUUGAGAGCAAAACUCACCAUGAAAUACUUCUUGCAAUGAAGCAGAUAGUGAUGCGAUCGUGGAAAUAUUUUUUGUAAUCAAUGAAUUCAGACAUGUACAGCAGAUGAUAGAAUUAUGGUAAAAGGUGGGUGAUAUAUGUGAUCAUGGGGCAGAGGUUAAAUUUGGAUUGAGAGAAAUGAGUAGAUUGACAUUUCAAGUAAUGGUGUUUGCUUCUUAUUAUGGCUCUGGCUAAAUGCAUAAUUCAUGAUUUGCUGCAGUAGCUUACCCUCUUCCUGGUUCUUUUCAUGAAUUUGUUAUGAGUUUGUCCUGUUUCUCUUAACUUGAAAGGCAGAAGAAGACAAGGCCGGAAUAGUAGGCUACGUGCCCUUGAUGUCCUGCUACCCCAUAUUAUUCUAAUGCAUAUCUCUCAUUGCUGGUUUUUUUUUUAAUUGCUUGUUACUUUUGUCUCUGAAAUCCACCUCACACAGAUUGACAUCUUCCAUAUGCAGACAAAUCUCAGCAUUUUCACUAGAAAGAGCAUAUAUGUUUAUAGAUUGGCAUGUGAUGUUAGGUGGAUAUGGACUGCUAAUUUCAUAUGUAAUUGCAAUAGAAUCAAGGUCGUUUUCAGCAUCUUUAUGUCUUGUGGCUUGUUGUUCUCCUUUUUUCCAUCAUUAAAACAUAUCUACUUCCAUUCCUACUUCAUAUUUAUAUAUAUAUAUGCCUGCUUAGGAUCCUCCGCUACAGCGAAGAUAUCGGAGAGAGUUUAUUCCAAAGCCGUUUAGCGAAUAAUGGGGAAGAAAGUGAUGAGCCAAGCUUCACUUAAAAUACCCCACAAGAAUGACAAGAACAAACUCAACAGUUUGAUAAAGGUGUUGAGGCCUAAGGUCUACAUCACAGACUCCUCUAGUUUCAAGAAGCUCGUUCAAGAGUUAACUGGCAAUGGAACCUCUGUUGCACCUCCUCCUCCUCCUCCUCCACCUCCACCUUCAACUGUACAAAGAGCAGCCGAGAAAUUCCCGGUUGUAGGGGUUGAUGAAGACUUCGUUGUAGGGCCAGACAACAGCGUGGAAAACUCAGGUUAUUCAUCAUCAGAAGUAUGCAACCUGCAGCCAAGUUUUAUGGUAGAAUCAAGGCAAGUUGAGGCAUGCGAUGAGACCAUCCUGGACAUGACCGCAUUAGACGAUUUUCCGAUGAACCAAGAUGCAGGUGUGCUAGGGUUUCAGGACAUGGAGUCAUGGCUUUUACAGAUUGAUCCAUUCUCUCUGUGUGGUAAUGGUUAUGCUCAGAGUUUUGAGGAGGCGGCCUGCAUAUAUGACUACGAUUUAGCCGGGUUAAUAUGAAUACCAAUCAUUACAACUGUCCGCCAAACAUUAACUACUGAAUUUAACACCUAGUUUGGUACAUAGCCAAAUGAAGAUCCUAGAAGCAUUCCAUUUGUAUAAAAAAAGGAAAGGCAAAAAUGUUAUAUAUUUGAAUUACGUUCCCAUAUUUUGGGGGGUUUGUGUUCAUUAACGUCAUGGGCAUUAUUAUGUUGAUUCUUUAACCAUCUGGAUGUAUAUAGCACAUUUCCAUGUGUGUUUGGUUGUGGAUUAGAUAUCAUAGCCCUUUUGGGGAACCUUUCUCUCAUUCUGAGAGAUAUGAGAUGUG